AUGAAAAGAGAAGGUAAAGGGACCUCGGAACUGACCGGCUUCAAGGCCCGCGAAGGACUGUGGAUUCGGCCAUGCAAUACUUUCGAAGAACUCACAGAUACACAGAGAGAAGAGAAGAGAGAUAUGGCUUGCAGGGAAUUGUGGGCUUCAAGGGCUGCCUCUUAUCUGAGGAUCUCUGUCUUUCACAGAAGUUUUUCCAAUGUUGUUAAAGAUCUGAAGUAUGCUGAUUCCCAUGAGUGGGUCAAAGUUGAUGGAAAUUCUGCAACCGUUGGCAUAACUGAUCAUGCCCAAGAUCAUUUGGGUGAUGUUGUGUAUGUUGAGUUGCCUGAAGUGGGAGUCACCGUGACACAAGGAGAUAGUUUUGGUGCAGUUGAAAGUGUGAAGGCAACUAGUGAUAUUAACUCUCCUGUAUCGGGGAAAGUGAUUGAAGUUAACGACGAGCUUAGUAGCUCUCCUGCUCUGGUCAACUCAAGCCCUUAUAAAGAUGGGUGGAUAAUUAAAGUUGAACUUAGUGACAGCGGUGAACUAAACAACUUGAUGGAUUCAGAAAAAUUAACAAUGUUAUCUUACACCGUUAAUGGUCAAUGGUUUAUAAAGAACGGUGAACCACAAGAAGGAAAUGAAGUGGAAGAUGCUGCAGAACAGGAGGCUCCAGUUGAAACUAACAUUGUUGAAUUUAACAAAUCACUGACAUGCAGUUCUUCCUCUUUCAUGUUGGUUGUUAUUAUCCUGCGGUUUCUUUGCGGUGGGAAAGGCAGUGUCAAGGGCUUGAUCAUUGGGCUCAUAUUGAACAAACGCCUUUAG